AUGAGCAAUGAGAUCAUCUUGACUGCGGUGAUUGCCCAUGUUAUCAUGUCCGGAUGGCCAGGAACCGCCCUGCAUGAGCAGCGAAUCCGUGAGAUCCGAGAGGACCAUAGGAUUAUGCUGCGUCAUAAUAUCCCACUUUCUAACAACAUCUGCGCCAUCUAUGACGAGGUGAAGGAUGAUGUUGCUCGGUUUUCCACUGAUGGAUCUCUCUCGAUGCACCAGAAAGUGCUACGCAUUCACAAUUUCAUUGCGCGAAUCCAAUUCCCGACAUUCUUUGUGACACUCACGAAGUACCGCCUGCUGGAGAUCGCCUACAACCUGGCUAGUGCUUGGUCCAAAUUCCCAGUCGUGCGCAGCGUCUCUGAUGCAGUGGAGACGGAGGCAGAGAGUAGCAGCGGUCAUGGUUCCACUGGAAGCUAUAAGCAGGAAAUUGACCGACUACGUGGCAUGGCUGACUCCUUACCCUACAAAGAUGAGCUACCUAUGGAUCUCCUCAGCAUACCAGUCUCAAAACAACAGCGGGUAGGGUCUCGACGAGCUCCAGACCCAAUGAUGCUGGUAAAUUUUGAUCGGCAUACCUCCAUCCUCAUGCGUGUUUGGCAAUGGGUCUUGGUGGACAUCCGGCAGAUUACGGUGUGGUUCGAGACCGCCGCCGACAUGGUCGCGUAUCCAGUCUACAUGCAACUCUGCCUUGAUCGCGGAAUGGAGAUUUACGCGGAGAUGGCGCUCUACCUUCAACAGUACAGUGAUGCGAUGGUCCAUUGGCUGGACUUCCCGUUUGUGGAAGCUAUGCACCUGGGUGUCAAAUCCUCUAUUAACUCAGGCAUCGAGCGGGGUUGGUGCCCGGAGAUCUAUUGCGAGUAG